AUGAACUUUGCAGCGCAGUUCUUCUACUCGAGCUACAAGAGCGACGGGUCCCCUCGGCGAAGCGGGUUCGGCGACAGUGAUGAGUACGACCCCUUCUGGCAAAGUGAAGGAGAGCGUUUAGGAGCAUCUGAACAGAGUCGCUCUCACACCGAUGGGAAGUACAAGGACUGUCCUGUGCCAAAUGGGUGCCUGUCCCGCAGGCCUACGCCCAUCCACCCAGAGCGACUGAAGGACUUUGGGGAGGAGGAAUACCUCAAUGGGGAUGUGAAGACAUGGGAGACGAAAGUGGCGGGGGACCCAGAGCCCCAGUUGUUGUCUCCACCGAAGCCAGUGAAAAAGAAGGAUAGUGAUGCUAAGACCACCACAAAGACCCAAAACGAAUACCUGCGCUUUGAAGACAUUAGUGCAGCUGCUUUCAAAAUUCAGUCCACGAUGCAGAAGACCCCUUGCACAUAUUCUCGGCUUUCGAAGCAAUACGGGAUGGAAAUCUUCCUGAAGAAAGAGCACCUUCACUACACAGGUUCUGUGAAGGAGCGAGGUGUACUCUACUUGUUGACAUCCCUUAAACAGGAGCAACAGAAGAAGGGUGUUAUUGUGGCGACAGACAGCAAUUUUUCCAUGGCCGUGGCACACCAUGCAUCAAACCUGCGGAUCCCUGCCUUCGUCAUCAUGCCAGCCAGCAGCUCUCCAUCGCGCCUGCGUAUGUACCGCGACUUCGGGGCUAUGGUGAUCUCCUAUGGCAGCACGUACCAUGACUCGCAGAACCACGCUCGCCACCUGGCCAAGGAGAACAACUACCUCUACCUGGAAGAGGAUGACAGUGCAGUCUACAUAGCAGGGCUGGGCACAGUGGGCAUGGAGAUCUACGAGCAGGUUCCCAAGCUUGACGCCGUCAUUGUGCCAGCCGGCGGGGAGUGUGGGCUGCUGGCCGGAACAGCAGCCGCGCUCAAGCACCUGAACCCCUCUGUCUCGGUCAUUGGAGUGGAACCUCAGGAUUACCCACUUUUGCUGCAGUCCCUUAAAAAUGAUUUUCCUGUGAAGGAGCUGUACAACUCCCCAAACAGGAAACUGUACGGAGAUUUAGUGGAUCCUCCACUGGGAAGCCGUACCUUCCAGCUGGCGAAGAGGCUGGUGGACAAAGUCGUUUCUGUCAGAGAGGAAGACGUCCUGGUGGCCAUGCUGAAGUUUCAGGAGUACGAGAAAACGACGGUCGACACCGGGGGGGCGAUCGGACUGGCUGCUAUCUUAGCUGGACAACUGACCGAACUCAAGGGCAAAAGGGUGGCAGUACUCAUCAGCAGUGCAAAUAUGGAGCUUGGCCUGGUCAGACAGUGUGUGGAACGUGCUCUCGUUCUAGAUGACCAGGUGAGCAGGUUCUCGGUGCAGCUUGGAGACUGGCCUGGAGACAUGGCUAAACUACUGGACAUCCUGGCCAGAGAAGAUGUCAGGUUACUAGAUGUGUGCCACCGCAGGCACAAUGACAGCUCCGAUCUCUUUAAAACCCAGGUGGAAUGCGUGGUGGAGACCAGGGACAGGACACUGAGCGCCCACCUGAGAAAUGUGCUCUCAGAGCGCUAUCCCACACUGCGCUGGCAGGAGCGAUGACUGCAAGAGGAUGACAGCUCUGUGUCUCGCAGACACAUAAACACACAA